UGGGAGAGAAUUGGUGGCGUGGCGAAGACCUAUUAGCUUCUCGUCAUUCAAAACUACUAGUUGAGCCACGAAGCUGGUGUUGGGACACAGGCAACCUACUAGCUUGUCUGAUGUUCAAGACUAUUAGUCAACCUAACACUAGCCCCAUUAGACAUAGGCAACCUACUAGCUUGAUGGUAAGUCAAAUCGCAAAAAAAGCAAAAGAAUGGGAUGAAGAACGUAUGCGUGAGCAUAGAUCUGCCUCCGUUCACGUUUACAAUCCAUCAUUUGGGAUUAGAAAUAUUAAUGGUGGAACUAGAACUAUUGAAGGUGGAACUUUCGCUAGAUUGGCCAUAUCAAAGAUUCCUCAGAAAAAGGAUGAAUAUGAUGAAAAAAUGGACAAUUUAACUAAGAAAUGGCGAAAAUUAAGCAAUGGACAAGGCAUUUCCAACAAAGCGGACAAUGAGAAAGAUGAGGUUGAGGCUGAAGCACAAGACUUCACUUCUAUAUCUGAAGAGGAUGAUGAUUCCGAUAUCAAAGGUCAAAAUUCUCAACCAUUGUUAAUAUCAUCACAGCUUGAAAAUUUUCUGGAAUCCUACAAAAAAAUGAAUCAACUGCUAGUUGAAUCACUUCUAUAUUCAUGGGUUAUUGAUCUUGAUGAUCGGGAAGUGGAGUCAUUAUUUACAACCGAAGAAUGGAAUGAAAUUCAGCGUGCAGUCAAAAAAUUGCUAGAGGUUGAUUGUGCCUUUGCAAAUUCUAUAAUGCGAUUUUCAGAUGUUAACACAAUAAGCGAUCUGAGACGAAUCUUAAAAACAACAUCCUUUUUAAAUAAGGAUGAACCUUAUGAUCGGUUAAAACAUUACGAUGCUAAAUGGGCCAAAAUCGUGAUGAGGAAGUUUCUUACGUAUUAUGAAGACCCUAAUAAAAUACUGCAAAAGCAACAUCUCGAAGCCUGUCUCAGUGAUAUGAUUGAAAUAGAAACUGUAAGAAAAGAAUCAUCAAGUAUAGCGGUAGCCACGAGGAAAAACAGAAAGAGAGUAUGUAUGCGUUGCAAAAAGCCAGAACAUAGAAAAAUGGAUUAUCGAAUAGACAGAAUAUUUUGGAUGUACAUUGGUGACGUUGAGUAUGGAGUAAUUGAAGUGGGCAAGAAGUUUGAUGAAACAAAAUUAUUGACUGACGGGUUUAAACUGGUGAAGGCCAUGCACAAUAUCUUCGUAUGCCUAAGUAAAGAAGCCCAUUUCGAAGAAACGAAAGUAAGGCAACUUCAAGUCGCUGACAUGCUUCACAUAGGCCUCAAAUUGCAAGUCUUACGAAUGAGUAGUCCCAAAGGGGUGUUGGCUAAUGUGUGGAAAAUGAAG